AGCUUCAAAACAAUGCUUCAAAGCAAUCAAUUUGUGGCAUCACUAACAAAACUCCGAAUUAUGAAGAGAAAAACAUCAAGCCAACCUGCAUCAUCAACCCCUCCAUCAUCUCCACAUCAAUCUCCCCAUUUCCCCGUCAAACUGAACUCCAUAUUCGAUUCCAAAAAACCCAAAAACAUACUCAAGAAUUCCCCUGCAAUCACCACAAAAGCCAGCGGGGAAUGGGUACCAUUGAGUAUUGGAAAAUCAGAGCUUUAUUUACCUCUUACUUUCCCCACAGGCCAAACAUUCAGGUGGAAAGAAACUGGCCCACUUCAAUACACAGGUGUUAUUGGGCCCCACUUGGUGUCACUGAAGCAGCUUGAGAAUGGUGAUGUGGGUUACCAUUUUCAUCAUACAGAGUGUGAGGAAAGUGCAAGAUUGGCGCUUUUUGACUUUCUGAAUUUGGGGAUUUCUUUGUCUGAAAUUUGGGAGGAAUUUAAGGUGUCUGAUUUGCGGUUUUGUGAGCUGGCAAGCUAUUUGGAGGGAGCCAGAGUGCUUAGACAGGACCCUCUUGAGUGUUUAAUUCAGUUUCUUUGUUCAUCGAAUAAUAAUAUAGGGAGGAUUACUAAAAUGGUUAAUUUUUUGUCUUCUUUGGGGAAGUAUUUGGGGAAUGUUGGAGGGUAUGAUUUUCACGAGUUUCCGGAGAUUAAUCGGUUGGCUAUGGUUUCUGAAACAGAGCUCAGAGAGGCCGGUUUUGGUUACAGGGCAAAGUACAUUAUAGGUACCGUAGAGGCUUUGCAAUCAAAACCCAGCGGUGGUCUGCAAUGGCUUGCUGCUCUUCGUAAACUAAAUCUUGAAGAGGCUGUUGAUGCUCUUGCUUCGUUACCUGGAGUUGGUCCCAAGGUGGCUGCCUGCAUAGCACUCUUCUCUCUAGAUCAACACCAUGCUAUUCCUGUUGAUACGCAUGUGUGGCAGAUUGCAACGCAAUACCUCAUCCCUGAGCUUUCAGGCACCCGUUUUACACCAAAACUUUGCAGCCGCGUGGCAGAUGCUUUUGUGUGCAAAUAUGGGAAAUAUGCUGGCUGGGCCCAAACUCUACUUUUUAUUGCUGAGUUACCUUCACAGAAAGCAAUCCUGCCUUCAAGGUUUUGCGAUGCUGAAAAAGUUAAGCCUGCCAAGUCAAAAGAAAGGAAAAAGGGGGCGCACAAUGCUAGAAGUAGAAAUAUUGUAGCAGUAAUUGGAGGCACAAUUUCCUAUCUUUCGGCUACUGUUGUUUCUCUUUAGUAAUGUAGCAACAGCGAGGCAAGAGUAGCACCAUAUCUGUCUGUUCAAAACACUCUGUUGGUAUCUAGAUUCUACAGCUAUCACAUCUGAAGGAGAGGUAGAUUCUAUUUGAAGAGUAUUAUUAUUGGACUGAGAUUGAUGAUUACCCAAGAACAACUUGCGACAAGUAUUCUUUAAGCAUCUACUUCAUAUAAACAUUGUUCCUCUAAUGACUGAUAUGCUAUUUUAAGUUUCAAUUUUUACACUGAUGUUCCAAUUUGAGGGACUGAUAAUCAUCCUCCUAAUUACCCAAUUCGACUAAAUGUUGUGUUUAAAUAUUUACUCUUGAGGAAAUGAUUACAAGUUCUACAAAGUGGUGUGGGUUUUUUCCGUAUGUUUUCAUUGAUAGUGCAUAUUAUUCAACAUCAGAGAUAAUAGCAAUAGAGACUUCUAGCUAAUUUGAUUAGCAUAUGUGAUGAUCAAAUUGGUUCAUGGUAAAUGUUCAAAGCACUGAAAGAUUCCCUAAAGGUAAUGAAUGAGAUUACAAUUAUUCAAACCUUUCAUGUUUUACACUCUUAGAUAAGUUUUUGCUCUUUAUGCAUCUCAAAAAAUGUUAAAUGUAGCCACAAAACUUUCCCUUUUUGACAUCUUAGUAAAACUUUUUGGGUGCACUAUACUACUUAUUUAAGUUCCCUACAUUGCGGAGUGCAAUACACAGCAAUUAUUAUUAUUAUUUUUUUUGGGAAGAUGAAAUUGAAUCCCAUGAUUUGCAUUACUUUAGUAUUUCGGAGGCUUUUGCAGUUGGUGCAACAACAUUUUGUGUCUGUAUUUCCUUCUAAUCUAGAUCAGUACACAGAAAUAGCUUUAAAGUUUAAAGAUAAGUAUAAAGAUAUAUAGUAACAAAAUACCAGGUCUGGUAUGGAGAGCUAUCAGCUGCGAGGAAUGAGACCCAAUACCUACAUAUACUCUGGCCAUUGAUCCAUGCUUCACCUUUACCCAUGCAGCCAAGGUUUACUGCUAAAGGAACAUCAAACAUAAUCUGUUGUUUCCAAUCAAAUGAAUUUCUUUCAAAUCACGUACAACUCAAACUAUAUGUGUUUCAAGAAAACAUGGAUGAGAGAAAAAAAAAAAAGAGAGAAGGAUUUGAACUGUUAGUAUUAUUUUUUGACAUGCGAUAAGAUCAUAAAAGGUGCAUUGAAGCUUUGAACUUUUAGAUAAUGGACUUUUCUUUACAGAAUGAUCUUAUAUUUUGUAAAUAGAUUUAAAGAUCAAUAUUGUGCUCUAAUAAUGGGUUUUAUCUUAGUGGGGUAUCUUCAAUAUGGGAAUCUAUGAUUUCACUCUACUGGUCUACUGAGUCAAACUUCAUCACUGGUACAAUUGAUUUCUUGUUACCUGUUCCAAAGUUUUUACUUACUAUGAUUAAUUCCUUUGUGAUGGUGCAAUGGCAGUAAGACUUUCCUUUUAUACAAUAUGGAAUACCUUUUAUCUGUAUAUGGGGAGGAAAUGGGAAACCUAAUCAUAGUGAAUAAGUUUUUACUUCCACUAUUGCUUCCUUCUGCAAUUAAACAAGGUCGGGAAAUAGGUGAAAGUGCUCUGCACAAUGUUUAGACCAAAGAUACAUUCAUCUAGUGAAGCCUUUUUUUUUGCAGUUAAGAUGUUUUGUGACAUUUCCAAAUGAUAAAAUUAAAAGCUCCAAAACUUGCCUGGGUGGUGUUGAAUGCUACGGUCUUGUAAUCAGGUAAAAAUAAAAGCUCUAAAUUGAUGUUUGAGGUAGUUCAUACGAAGGAUUUUGGAACUGCACCACCAGUUAUGUUGCAUUGUCCUUGUUCACAAGGAAAGCUGCACAGUGACUCUGCAUUGCAUAUGUUGGCCUGUGUCAAUUAAGUUGAUCAGUAUUGUGGUGUAUUUAACAUCUGAUGAAUAUUUUGUUGAUUUUAUUCUUCCAUUUAUUUCCCCUUAGCGGGAGAGUUGAAAUGCAUAACCAGGUACUGUCAUGGUUGCUAGCUUCAGAGAAAUCUCAAUAUGGAAAAUGAGAUAACCACCAUCUGAAAAAAAAUGAAGUUGCUAAUCUUUCUUAUUGCUAACCUAAUGGUGCUAUGGUUGUUAUCUAGAGAGUAUUGUAUGUGAGGAUAGCUUUAUUGCUGCAUGUUACUCCUUGAGGUGUCCAUAAGUUUUGCUUGUUACUGGAAUCUAAUUAUACCGUGAGAUUGGAUUGCCUACCAUAUUCAUCAAUAGGAGCUUGAUCAUAAUAAAUUGUGAUUAUACUUACCAAAAAAAAAAAGUUGUGAUUAUGUAUUAUGAUGCUGUUCUGCCAAUAUUGGUACCUCCAUAACCCUAGAGCACAACUAACACAACCAACCAUGUUACAUCAAACUUUUGGUACUAUGAGCUAUAAUUGAUUAACAGUAUAUCUAAAUUAAGUGGACGAGAUAAAAUGGAUUUUCAUUCCAUAUCGUUAUGGAUGAGAUAAAAUGGAUUUUCAUCGUAAAUCAGGUGAAAUGGUUUACAUAUCACUCCUUCAAGAUGGUGGAGGGGUGGAAGUCUUGUGAGAUUGUUUCUGUCUCUCACCCUGUACUAGUUUAUAAAGCUUCUGUUCUUCCUUGGUAUGAUUAAAGCAUUGAGUGUAAUAUCUUGUGCUGAUCCAUAGACUUGAUAACUUCAAGCCAAAACAGAAAACUAAUUCUCAGGAUAUUUUGUUACACUCAAUCAUCUAUGCAUCUAUACACUGACCCUUAUGGUUUGAUUUCUUACAGACUUGUCCAAAUCUGUCCAGAUUGAUGGUGUGUUGGGCGAAUUAGACCCUAUUAAUGUCACUCGACAUUUCCUCCCCUUAUCGUGUUUUAUCUGCAAAUUUUGAAAACCUGAGUUUGUUCAUUUUGCAGAGGCAGUGGAACUGCAACGGUAGCCCCUUUUGCAUCAAUCUUAAUACUGUGUGAAAAGAUGAUGCAUUCAUGAAAAGAAUACUCAUGCUUCACACGUUAAAAAUUUGUCAAGCCAUACAUUAAAUGUUCGUGUUGUUUAGAAAUGCAUCAUUAAUAUAGACUAGCUAAGAUUGGCCUACUGAAAAAUUUCUCGAGGAUAUUCAUAUAGUUGAUAUCCUACUGAUUUUAGAGAAGUGAUUACAUCUGGAUCAGGUGCAUCAUCUUGCUUGCACGUUUCCCAUGCGAGCCAAUUUGAUGUCCUACAGCUGUGGCUGCAGCCCAUCGGGCAUUAGGUGGACCUUUGUCUCUAAAAGCUUUCUCUACAUUUUGGUACUCGUUCUCAAUCUGCAGUAUUCAACUGCAGCAUGACAGCUUCAAAUGCAUGGUGCUGUGUCAAUUGUAAUAAUAAUAUAUCAACCUGUUGAAGAAUGAUAGGCCUCCUUAUGGAGCUUACACUCCUAGUUUGAACAAGUUGGUCCCUUCGUGGACAUCCGGAAAAAUUGGAACGAUACAGAGAAGAUUGGCAUGGCCUCUUGCCCCUGCGCAAGGAUAACAUGCACAAAUCAAGGAAUGGAUAACAAGUUGCCAA